AAUUUCAUCGAUGAUCGAUGGUGGAUUGGUCUACACUCCCGAAGGAUCUCUUAGACCUAAUCUCAAAAUCCCUAGAUUCGUCCUUCGAUCUCGUCCAGUUCCGUUCCGUAUGUUCUUCAUGGCGAUCCGCCGCCGAGCCGAAACGUUCUCUCCCGACACAUCACCUCCCAAUCCUCCCCGAUAACGGUGGUAGUCUCUUCCCUGACUCCGCCGUAGGGUUCCGCCUCUCGCACCGGAGUAUCUUACUCAUCAAGCCUCUUGAACCGCAGAGCGAGGCGGAUUCGUUUGGGUGGCUGAUCAAAAUGUUGUUCCUUGGUGAUGACUCCACCUUUUCCGCUUCAGCUUUUGAUAUUUUGCCUCUAUGUGAGGGAAGCUCCGUGUUCUUCAACGGUAAUGUCUUCAAUGGGGAAGACUUGGGCGCAAUGCAAGAUCGAGAUUUGGGAGUCUUUGAUUUCAACAGUGGGAAAAUAGAGCUGGUGCAAAAAAUCCCUGAAUAUGCCAAGCUGUUUUGGCCUCCACCU